GGUGUUGGAAAUCAAUCUCUCUUCUAGCUUUUACAUUAUUUAAGUAUAUUGUCAUUGGACUAAAAUGUUCCUGAUGCCAACCUCUUCCGAGUUAAACAGUGGACAGGACUUCUUAACCCAGUGGAUGGCCAAUCCUUCUCGGGCUGGGGUCAUAUUAAAUCGUGGAUUUCCUGCUUUGGAAGCAGAUGAAGAGAAGCAAGCAGCUGUAGAUGUUUCUACCAGCUUUCCUGUUAAAGCCCCACAUUUUUCUAGUAGCUUCAGCUUUAUAAGUGAAGAAGAUUCACUUCAUGAAGAGCAGAAGUUGGAAUCUAAUAGUCCUUACACACUGCAGUCAGAUAAAUCAGAAACCCAUGCAGUCUUUCCUUUAGUUAAAAAGGGACCACAAACAGCAUGUCAGGGUGCUAUUGCACUCCAGGAAGAGAACAAAAAGGAUGUUGUCCCAGACCCUGCAAGUGAAUUCAAAGUGACUUAUAAGGACCCACUCUUUAAAAAACUUGAACAGCUGAAAGAAGUACAGCAGAAGAAGCAGGAACAACUGAAGAGGCAACAGUUAGAGCAGCUGCAAAGACUCAUGGAAGAACAUGAGAAGCUGCUCACCAUGGCUUCUGGGCAGCACACACUUUCAGGUUUGCCCUCAGUGCCUGACAUUCAGAGCCAGAAGCACAGAUCGCCAGGAAAUUCAACUACUGGAGAGAGAGCCACGCCCUUCUUACCAUCCCAUGUUUGCAUAAAUCAAACCCAAGAAAAAUCACAGGCUUCCAGCAUUUCAUCCGAUGAACAAAAGAACUUCUGUGGAACUACUCAUCAAGAUUUUGUCUUAGCUUCAAAAAGGACUUCUCCCAAUUUGUUUUAUGAGGCACAGCAUCAAGAAGCCCCUGUGGAAAAAGAUGAUUCAAAGGAAGAAAACCAUAACCAUCCUACAGGAGAAGGUGUUUUAUCAUGUUGGGAGAAAAUGGCGGAACACAUUCAGGAAGGGAAUGAUAUGAACUUAAAAAAAAUUGGUGAUUCCUCAGAAGUGGUUAAUAUUGAAGAAAGGCCUAUUAAAGCUGCUAUUAGAGAAAGGAAACAGACAUUUGAAGACUAUUUAGAAGAACAGAUUCGGUUGGAAGAACAAGAACGGAAACAAAAACAGCUAAGGGAAGCAGAAGGACCAUUGCUAAUUAAAGCAAAACCAAAACAACCAUUUUUAAAACGAGGAGAAGGUUUAGCUAGAUUUACUAAUGGUAAAUCUAAGUUUCAAAAAGGGAAAGAAAGCCAGAGCACUUCAGAAGACCAACCUCUGUUUAAAAGAGAUAGAUACCAAUUCCAGCGGAAAACUGCUCUUGUACAUAAAGAACUGUGUGCAGAGAACCCUGCUGUUACAAAGGACAGCAAAACUAGAACCAGGGACGGCUCUAUCAUCCUCAGGCAGAAGCCAAAGGUGCUUAAAAGUCAUAAUAGAAAAAGCCUCUCUCCAUCGGGACUGAAAAUGCAGACAGGGAAGAAAUGCAACGGGCAACUAAGAGACCAGAUCAGAUUAGAAAAAGCAGUCGAAUCUAAUCAUAAAGAAAAUGUACCUGAGUGGCCAAAACCUUAUGAUACUGGUUGCAAAAUGUGGAGUAAGACUCCAGGUAAAGACAGACUUCCUCUCUCGAUGGGACUGGUCAGCUAUGUGGCUUCCAAGAGCCCCAUGAGGGAGACCGUGAAAGAGUUGGAAUCUUCUCUUGACGUUUCUCUUCAGAGAAAGCUAGAGAAUUGGGAACGAGAAAAGGAAAAGGAAAACUUGGAAUUAGAUGAAUUUUUGUUUUUAGAACAAGCUGCUGAUGAAAUAUCAUUUUCUAGUAAUUCCUCAUUUGUACUGAAAAUCUUAGAAAGGGAUCAACAGAUCAUGAAAGAUCACCAGAUGUCUUCCACCCCUGUCAAAACUGUGCAGCAGGAAAGGGCAAAUCCCGUGGAUCCCCUUAGUCGGUGUAACUACACUGAGGAUCUGGAGCAUACUACGCGUGGGAAGAAGAGUGAGUGUGAGACCACACCCAAACAACUGGGUCCAGGCUCCUCACCUGAUGGGCUGAGGGAAGAGUCUUGUGAAAUCAGUAGGAAAGCCUUCCGGAAGAGCACGUCUGACCGUCCAGCUCGAUGGAAUGCAAGUGAUGAUGAAGGGGACGCAAAUGGUGACAGUAGUACUGACUCUAAGGAACAGCUUGAUAGUACUAUCAAACCAGCAGCUGAGGAGGGAGCGGGGGGUUCCAGCAGCAGCGAGGAUAGUCCACAGGUCUGCAGUGGCAAGGGGCCUUUUCGGGACACCAGGACUCAAGAAGCCGAAAGGAGAGAUGUCGAUCUGGAUUUGUCUGAUAAAGAUUCUACUGGUGAUGAGUCCAUUGUCAUAGAAAGCAUGAAGCAUAAAGGGUCUGAGUCCUCAAGAAGAUCCUUAUCUCUAAGCGUUAGUAAUAUUGACUUUGAUGAUGAAAGAACUUGGACUGACCUCGAAGAGCAUUUGUGUAAAUAUGAUGUUAUUCCUGGGGAUGAAGCCAUUUACGGAAUGCCCCAGACACACUAUCCUAAUCCGAGCGAAAUGUGUGUCCUAGACAAAGCAAUAAAAAGGAAGGUUGCACCAGUCAAGAAGGGGGAAGGCUUGAGCAAGUCCAGGAGGAGCAGAAGUCCUCCUCCUGCGUCGGAGCUGAUGAUGAAAUUCUUCCCUUCUUUAAAACCAAAACCAAAACCAGAUUCACACUUGGGAAAUGAGCCCAAGUUAAACAUAAGUCAAGACCAACCAUCUGGUGACAGUGCUCGAUCCCAGGUUUUGAGAGAGAAAGUUAUUGAAUUAGAAACAGAAAUAGAGAAAUUUAAAGCUGAGAACAAAUCUUUGGCUAAACUUCGCAUUGAACGAGAAAGUGCCUUGGAAAAACUAAGGAAAGAAAUUGCAGACUUUGAACAACAGAAAGCAAAAGAAUUGGCUCGAAUAGAAGAGUUCAGAAAGGAGGAAAUGAGGAAACUACAAAAGGAACGUAAAAUUUUUGAAAAGUAUACUACAGCUGCAAGAACUUUUCCAGAUAAAAAGGAACGGGAAGAAAUACAGGUUUUAAAACAGCAAAUAGCAGAUUUACAGGAAGAUUUGAAAAGAAAGGAAACAAAAUGGUCAAGUACACACAGCCGUCUCAGAAGCCAGAUAGAAAUGUUAGUCAAAGAGAAUACAGACCUCCGGGAGGAAAUAAAAGUCAUGGAAAGAUUCCGACUGGAUGCCUGGAAGAAAGCAGAAGCUGUAGAAAGCAGCCCCAAGGCAGAUCAUGGUGUGACUGCCUUGAAGAAAGGGGAGUCCAUGAACCCAUCUGUUCGAUUUCAAAAGAGUCAAAUUUCUUCUGGAACCCAGGUAGAAAAACACAAGGAAAACUAUUUGCCAUCACAAGGAAAAUCAUCUCGAAGAUCCAAGUCUGCACCUCUUCAAGAUUUAGGCAUUUUGGAUAAGGAACAAGCUGCCUCACCCAGGGAGCCACUUGAACUGGUUAACCUCCCAGAUCCUGACUAUAAAGAAGAGGAAGAAAUAGGAGAAAUACAAGGAGAAAUAAGUCAUCCUGAUGGAAAGGUGGAAAAGGUUUAUAAGAAUGGGUGCCGUGUUAUACUGUUUCCCAAUGGAACUCGGAAGGAAGUGAGCGUGGAUGGAAAGACCAUCACUGUCACUUUUUUUAAUGGGGAUGUGAAGCAGGUCAUGCCGGAUGAGAGAGUGAUCUACUACUAUGCAGCUGCCCAGACCACUCACACUACGUACCCAGAGGGACUAGAAGUCUUACAUUUCUCAAGUGGACAAAUAGAAAAACAUUUCCCAGAUGGAAGAAAAGAAAUCACGUUUCCUGACCAGACAAUUAAAAACUUAUUUGCCGAUGGACAAGAAGAAAGCAUUUUCCCAGAUGGUACAAUCGUCAGAGUGCAACGUGAUGGCAACAAAAUCAUAGAGUUUAAUAAUGGCCAAAGAGAAGUGCAUACCACCCAGUUCAAGAGACGGGAAUAUCUAGAUGGCACUGUUAAAACUGUGUAUGCAAAUGGUCACCAAGAGACCAAGUACACAUCUGGUCGGGUAAGAGUUAAGGACAAGGACGGCAAUGUUCUCAUGGACACAGAACUGCAACAGUCCUAGUGCGACUAAUCAUGAGGUAACACAAAUUGAUUUUCUUGGUAAAAAUAAAUAUAUCUUGUGGAGUCUGUUAUUUAAUUUAUAGAAAGUGUGCAUGUGUUUAUUAAUGGAAAAUAUAUGUUUGAGUUCUGAAAUAAAAGUUUACCCUGUAGCA